AUGAAACCAAAACAUCGCAUUAGUGCUGCUAUUGAAAAACAAUCUGAGCAAGCUAAAAAGAAUUAUCAAAUUCACUUGACAGCCACAAUUGAUUGUAUUAGAUUUCUUUUGCGACAAGGAUUGGCCUUUCGUGGUAAUGAUGAGACAGAUGAUUUUGUUAAUCAAGGAAAUUUUUUGGAACUUCUAAACUUUCUUGCGCAACAUAAUGAAGAGAUUGAUCGUGCUUUCAAAAAUGCUCGUGGGAAUCUUAAACUAAGAGCUCCCUCAAUUCAAAAAGAUAUUGUAAGAGCUGCUGCAAGUGAAACGACAAAAGUUAUUGUUAAUGAUCUUGGGGAUGAAUUGUUUACUAUUUUGGUUGAUGAAGCCCGCGACAUUUCUAUUAAGGAGCAAAUGUCAGUUUGUUUAAGGUAUGUGAAUAAAGAAGGGCAAGUUAAGGAGCAUUUUCUUGGUCUUGUUCAUGUUUCUAAUACUAAUGCUUUAUCUCUGAAAUUAACAUUGGAGUCAUUAUUACAAACAUAUAAUUUAUGUUUAUCAAGAGUACGUGGCCAAGGAUAUGAUGGUGCAAGUAAUAUGCAAGGAGAAUUUAAUGGUUUGAAAACUUUGAUAUUGAAAGAAAACUCUUAUGCUUUCUAUGUACAUUGCUUUGCUCACCAACUUCAAUUAGCUCUUAUAACUGUUGCAAAAAAAAAAGUUGAAAUUGCUUUGCUUUUUAAUUUGUUAACCAAUUUGUGCAAUGUUGCUGGAGUUUCGUGUAAACGAAGAAAUAUGCUUUGUAAUAGUCAGAUGACUAAGACAAUUGAAGCAUUACAAAGUGGAGAAAUUGCUAGUGGAUGUGGUUUGAAUCCAGAAAUAGCUUUGAAAAGAGCUAAAGAUACUAGAUGGGGUUCACACUACGGAACUAUACUUAAAUUAAUUUCUUUAUUUUCUUCCGUGGUCAAUGUUCUUGAAUAUGUUGAGGAAGAUGGAACAAAGAGAUGA